AUGGAGACAAGCGGAGAGGUGAUAACUUGCAAGGCUGCUGUGGCACGAGGUCCUGGAGAGCCUCUUGUCGUGGAAGAAAUCAAAGUUGAUCCUCCUAAGAAAAUGGAGGUUAGAAUGAAGAUCUUGUACAGCUCAAUCUGUCAUACUGAUAUCGAUAUCUGGAAAGGAACGAAUGAAGCUCAGCGAGCAUUUCCUCGAAUUUUAGGCCAUGAAGCUGCUGGGAUAAUAGAGAGCGUUGGUGAAGGUGUGACAGACUUGAAGAAAGGUGACCAUGUAAUUCCAAUCUUCAAUGGAGAGUGUGGGAACUGCGUGUAUUGCAAAAGUGAGAAGACUAAUUUGUGUGAGACUUUACGCGUAAAUCCGAUGAAAUCUGUGAUGGUGAACGAUGGAAAGUGUAGGUUUUCGACCAUGGAUGGAAAACCAAUUUAUCAUUUUCUCAACACCUCCACUUUCUCAGAGUACACCGUUAUUGAUGCUGGAUGUGCUGCCAAGAUUGACCCGGACGCUUCUCUCAAGAAGAUGAGCUUGUUAAGCUGCUGUAUUUCUACCGGAGUUGGAGCUGCAUGGAAUUGUGCUGACGUGCAAGCUGGUUCUACCGUAGCUAUUUUCGGAUUGGGGGCUCUCGGACUUGCUGUUGCCGAAGGAUCUCGAGUAAGAGGAGCAUCCACUAUAAUAGGAGUUGACAUCAACUCUGAAAAGUUCAUAAAAGGAAAAAAAAUGGGGGUCACAGAUUUUAUAAAUCCGAAGGAUCUUGGAACGCCAGUGCAUGAGAAAAUCAGAGAAAUGACAGGAGGAGGUGUAGAUUACAGUUUUGAAUGUGCAGGAAAUGUGGAUGUUCUCCGAGAAUCCUUUUUGUCCACCCAUGACGGUUGGGGAUCGACUGUUUUGUUAGGAAUUCAUCCGAAUCCAAGAAUGCUUCCUCUUCAUCCAAUGGAGUUGUUCGAUGGUCGAAAAAUCAUCGGAACUGUUUUUGGAGACUUUAAAGGGAAGUCUCAGCUUCCUCAUCUUGCCCAACAGUGCAUCAAUGGGGUUUUGAAUUUAGAUGAAUUCAUAACUCAUGAGCUCCCAUUUGAGAAGAUCAAUGAAGCCUUUCAGCUGCUCCUUGAUGGAAAGUCACUGAGAUGUGUUCUCAAAUUUUAGUUAAUCAUUUAUGCCAC